AGUGACCUAACUGACGAACCUGACGAAUAGACGUCAUUGACUAACCUAACAAACUACAAUGUGAUUCAUGUUCUGUACUUACAUUUUAUAUAUUGAUUAUCAAAAAUAUAAUAAUAUGCUUUAUUUGUUUAAAAAGAACGAGUAAUUAUAGCGCUUAUUAAAUAUUUGUUUAUAUUAAUUGGCAUAUAUCAUAAAUACUUGAAUGUUUUCAAUUUUCGAAUUUUAAUUAAGUGCUCCAUUGCUAUCAGUGGUCACUAUUGUCACUUUGUUACAUAGGUGCCACGAAAAUUAUAGCUUGUUUUUUUAUCGUAUCAUCCUCUGUUAAAUAAUUUUCAACUUUAAGUAAAGUCUAGAAAAGUGCAACUAUAGGUCUAUAACAAGUGACCUUUGUGAUUAUUAAAGUGUUAGAAAUUGUAUUUACAAUGAGUUUAUUUAUAUUAAAAAGCCUCUUUUACGUAGGAAAAAAAGGCAAAUCAACAAUCUCAAUAAGACCAAUGGCACUGGCUGCACAAGCUAAACAGCAUGACAUUGAAAAGGCGAAAACUGCCAUUUUAAUGUUGAACAUGGGCGGUCCGAGCAAAGUUGAACAAGUAGACGAAUAUUUAUUGCGUAUCAUGACCGAUCGUGACAUGGUGCAAAUGCCUUUUCAAAAAUAUUUGGCCCCUUGGAUAGCCAAGCGACGAACUCCAGAAGUAAAAGAAAAGUAUAAGGAAAUUGGAGGUGGUUCUCCAAUAUUAAAGUGGACGAAUAAGCAAGGUGAACUUUUGUGUCAGCAAUUAGACAAAAAAUCGCCAGAAACAGCUCCACACAAGUACUAUGUUGCCUUUCGAUAUGCUGAUCCUCUGACUGGAGAAACUUUACAGAGCAUAGGAACAGAUAAAAUCCAGAGGACAGUAAUUUUUUCUCAGUAUCCUCAAUACAGUUGCGCGACAACUGGUUCUAGUUUUACUGAAAUUUACAAGUUUUACAAGGACAGGGAUGAUUUGCUAAAUAAAAUGAAAUUAAGCGUAAUAGACCGUUGGAGUACGCAUCCUUUAUUAGCGAAAGUUUUUGCUGAAAGAAUCAAGGAUGAACUAAAGCAUUUUCCUAAAGAAGAUCAAAAGGAUGUGAUAAUUAUGUUCUCUGCUCAUUCACUUCCAAUGAAGGCAAUACGAAGGGGAGAUCCUUAUGCCUCUGAAGUUGGAGCCACAGUACAGUUAGUUAUGCAAGAAUUAAACAAUUCGAAUCCUUUUAUUUUGACCUGGCAAUCAAAAGUCGGGCCCGUGGAAUGGUUAUCGCCAUUUACAGAUGACGCCAUUGAACUUUACGCCAAGGUUCACAAGAAGAAAAACUUCAUCUUGGUGCCGAUUGCUUUCGUUAAUGAGCAUAUUGAAACUUUACACGAAAUGGAUAUCGAAUUUUGCCACGAUUUGGGCAAAAAGCUUGGGAUCAAUAUCAGAAGAGCAGCAGCACCUAACGAUCACCCGAUAUUUAUAGAUGCAUUGACAGAUAUUGUUUUUUCUCAUCUCAGAUCCAAUCAACCAGUCAACCCUAAAUUAUUAACAAGGUGUCCUCAUUGUGUGAAUCCUAAUUGUUUAGCAAGUAAAAAUUGGUUUGCGAAAGUUUGUCAAGUCUGAGAUAGGAUACAAGUAUUAAUUAAUUAUAGAUUCUUUAGGAGUAGGAUAUUUAUACAUUCAUUCGGUGUUUUGGUAAGAAAUGAGGUGAAAAUACGUGAGGUUUGAUAUUUGGUUUGGAAUAUGUGAUUAUGCCGAUUUUUUUAGUUAUUGCUCAUUAAGAACAUUUUUUCACAAAUAGAUAAUGUUAAAAGAUA